GCGAAGGGGGCGAGCCGGGCCAGGCGCAGGCAGCCGAGCGGGACGCGGGACAGCCGGGCUCGCUGCCCGGCCGUGCGCCCCGCGGGCAGGCGGGCUCGGCGCCGGGGGCAGCCCCAUGUGAUUGGCCACCUGCUGGAGACCGACACUGCUUGCUUGUGGCUGCUCUGUAACUACUAGCAAAAGGCCAGAGCCCUGUCCUGGCACCCAGGCCGCUUGCUCGGGAACGUGGGCGCACUGGAGGGCUCUGCUUGCUGGGGAGCGGCCGCCUGCCGAGCCAUGGUCACUUUCGUCACGCACGAAGUCCGGCAGCUCCUGCACAACAAGUUCGUGGUGGUCGUGGGGGAUUCCAUCCAGCGAUCGGUUUACAAGGACCUGGUGUUGCUUUUGCAGAAGGAUGCUCUCCUCAGCCAGUCCCAGCUGAAAGCCAAGGGGGAGCUGAGCUUUGAGAACGACUGCCUGGUGGAAGGCGGCAUGUUGGGUGAGCUGACCAACGGCACCCACUACAAGGAGGUGCGGCAGUACCGCACGGACCAUCACCUGGUGCGCUUCUACUUCGUCACCCGUGUCUACUCCGACUACAUGGAGAGCAUCCUGGCCGACUUCCAGGCUGGGCCGCAGCCCGACGUCGUCAUCAUCAACUCCUGCUUGUGGGACGUGAGCAGGUACGGCCCCAAGUCCAUGAAGCAGUACCGGGUGAAUCUGGAGAAGGCCUUUAACCGCCUGGACAAGGUGCUGCCCCAUGCCUGCCUCCUGGUGUGGAACAUGACGAUGCCCGUGGGCCACAAAAUCAUCGGGGGCUUCCUCACCCCAGAGCUGCAGCGCCGAGGCAGGAAGGUGCCCCACAAUGUGAUCGAGGGCAACUUCUACGGGGCCGUCCUGGCCAGCAGCCACCACUUCGACGUGCUGGACCUGCAUUACUACUUCCGCUUCGAGGCGCACCACCGCCGGGGGGACGGCGUCCACUGGAGCCAGGCUGUCCACCGCAGGAUCAGCCAGCUGCUGCUGGCCCACGUGGCCGACGCCUGGGGGGUCGAGAUCCCGGAGAAGAGACCCCAGGACGGUUGCUUUCAGGCAAAUGCUCUGGAGUGGGGCUCGCAGCCCACCCCCUGCCCGGCGCCCCACGCUGCUCCGCCCUGCCCCUGGGGGCCCGAGUGGGACAGCAGCUGCCUGUCCUGGAUGCCCCCGCCCAGCGCCUGCCCGCUGCCCCCUCCGGCUCCCCGGCCCCCCUUUGACUUCUGCUGCCCCUCCGAGGACCCCAUUUUCCAGGAAGACUCCCCCUUCCUCCCCAGCGACGCGGGGCCUGGCGCGCCCCUCUCCGGAUACAUCAGCUUCGACAACUGCCCCGGAUUCAGUGCGGAGGGUCCUGCCAGCCGCUUUCAAGCUUCCUGGGGCGCACCGCACGCUCUUCCGGGCCCGGGGCCCUUCCCUGGCUUCUCAGGAAACCCAGGACCCAGCUUCCCUCCGCACCCUCGGAGCCCGACCAGGAGAGGCCACGGUGGGCGCUCCCACGGCUUCAUAAUGAGGCGGCAGCCAGUGAGGUGGAGUUCUGGGCCCCCCUACAACAGGCCCCACUACAAUUGCUACUGAGGGGCCCUGGCAGAGCUGGGGCGUCUCCCUGCAGGCGGGCGGGCUCCCUGCCAAGCGCUCGGCUCCGAACAGACUCGGGUAGGGUUGGCUUGCCUGUCUGCAGGUGCGUGCCACGAUGAUGCACCUGGGCGUCAGAGGGCGCCCUGGCCUGGAGGCGGCUACCACUCAGAUGGCUGAGUUAUUACAUGUAGUAUUUGGGGUGGGGGGCAGAGGGCUGCGGGGGCCUGGCGAGAAGGGGCUGUGAGCUGCCAGGUGCUCUGGCUCAGGACAAACGCCCUGCAGUUGGGCACAGCCGGGCUGGCUCCAGCUGGUGGAUGCAGGCGGGGAGGGUGGGGGUUGUUUCCUUUCCCGAGAGCUGGCCGGGCUGGGUCCCUUCCUUGGAGGCUCCCUGUGGACCGGCAGCUCAGGGAGCAUGGCACGCCGUGCCCAGUGACGGUACUGGGAACAGGUCUAGACAGAGCGUCCCAGCCCCGUGCUGGGGCCGGGAUACUGCAGCGGGAAGCGCUCUGUAGGCCAGGCCCAUGAGGGGCGGAGGGCCCCAUCCUGCCAGGUGCUGGAGCCGGUGAGGAUUGGCAGCCACCUGGGGGAGGUGCUGAAUGCCAGCCGUCUGCCAAGGGGCUGGGGCUGCUGGGGCCUCGCCCAGGCGGUCUGUCUGUCCAGCCUAAGUCUCUCCCCAGCACUGAGUCCAGUUCCCCCAUCCCCAUCCGCUGCUGUUACAAACCUGCCCAGAUGGGGCGGGCAGGGAGUGGUUUGCCCCUGCCAGGCUUCCUGCCCCGGACUGCCAUGGCUGUGAGCCGGCCGGUGGCCUCGCCUGCUCUCCAUGGGGUUCUCAGGGCGAGCUCAUGUUCUUAAUCGUUGAUCUGUUUUCAGCCCCCUCCGUGGGAUGUUAUGUCAUGAGGUGGGUCUGCACUAUACCCCCCCGUGCCCCUUCCUGAGGGGUGGGCAGGGUCAUGCUGCUCUGAGGUUGCUUUACGCUGGCAGGCUGCAGGGCAGAGCCCUUGGUGGCUCAAUGCACUAAAACCCUCUAGCCCCAGCCAGGCUUGCUAGCUAGCGGGCUCAGCCCUGUGCUCAGCUGCACUGAGCCGAUCAGGUUGCACCGGCAUAACUGUGAGUUGAGUCCCUUCCUGGCCAUCUGCCCACAGGCCCGGGGGGGCCCCUGCUGCUGGCACAGUGGUUAUUGAACAGGAAAUGCUGUUCUAGGCAAGUGUUCUUGUGUAUUUUGUUGACUUGUUAAUAAAGCUUUGACUAGUG